AUGAGACCCGCUGUGGACUUUCACCUUGUAGGUGUGCAGAAAUGUGAUGAUGCUGAAUACUCGAACGAAUGUAUUCUCUCUGUAUCUUGUGGAUUUGUCUCCUUUCCUUCCUUCUUGCUCUCCUUUCCUGAUCCUCUCCGUUGUCUCACAGCUCACAGAGAGACAUCAGAGGACUGUCGGAGCUGCCUGGAGUGUUCCCGUGAUAACGGCUGCGUGCGUUGCCCCGAGCGACUCUUCCUGUUCCUGCAGAGGGAUGGGAUGUCCCACCAUGGAACUUGUCUCCACGCCUGCCCCGCUGGACACUAUGGACAGAGAGGGAAGGACAUCAACCGCUGCAUGAAGUGCCGCUCUUUGGACUGUGAGCACUGUUUCAGCCGGGACUUCUGUACCAAAUGUAAGUCCGGCUUCCACCUGUACAAAGGCAAGUGUCUGUCCCGCUGCCCAGCAGGAACCUUCUCCCACCAGACAGACUGUCUUGAGGACUGUCUGCUGGCUCCAUUGGGAAACUGGAGCGACUGGAGCGUCUGUCUCCGUGACGGCGUCACAUGCGGCUUCAGAUGGGGCAAGCAGACCAGGACGCGGGGUGCCGAGCAGUCCGGCAGAACGCCUGAAGAGAAAGCAGCAUCACUUUGUCCGUCCCACAGCGAGACGCAGAGGUGCAGGAUGAAGAAAAAGUGUUCUACAGACAGUGUCAAAGUUUCAGGGUUCCUGAUCGAUGACGGAGGUCUAAUGUACCUGAAUGAGUCAACUGAGUCAGAAUGCACUCUGUAUGGAUAA